AUGUCCCGCAACACUAAGGAGUUCAAUGAGCUCGCGGACAAGUUCACGAGGGUGUACGACAAGCAACGACAGGACCUUGAGCGGUGCCUCCAGUCUCGCGUCAAUGACGACAUCAACUUUGUGUGCCAGAAGCAGAAGAGUGCCUACUUGGAGGGGAUUGCAAUGAUAUUCUGCAAGAAGGAGUACGACGCCGGUGUGAAGUGCCAGAAGGCGGCAGGGGCGCGGUGGUCAACGGACUGCUUCAAGGAAAACGUCGCCUUUGGCCAGUGCACGGACACUGUGCUGAAGAAGUUGUACAUUUAUAAUAUUGAGCGGAACAAAAAGAACCCUGCGGCAAAUUAG